AUCUGAUGUAAAUAACCGACGUAUACGGAUUAUGUGGACCUAAUAUCAAAGUGACAAUGAAUAUUAGAACGUUUUUGAAAAUCAGUAUUUGUUUAUUAUGCUUUCAUUUCGGGGAGUGUUUUUUCCCACUAAUCCCUGUCGCAGUAGGUGGUAUUGCCAGUGGAAUAGCAGGCUUAGGUUAUAUGUCAUUGUGCCGUUUCAAGGAGUGCUGCACAGAUGAGUACAUUCCAGCUGAUUUUACUUUGCUUGAUACUACACUGAAGAAUAAACUCUACGGGCAACAUUUGGCACAUGAAACUGUGCUGCACGCAUUGAAAGGUCAUUUCGAAGUUACAAAUCCAAAGAAGGCAUUGGCUAUGAGUUUUCACGGUUUACCUGGAAGUGGUAAAAACUACAUGGCAAAUUUCAUCGUUGACGCACUGUAUAAAAAUGGUGCCGACAGUAAAUACGUUCAUUUUUAUAAAGGACGCCUUCAUUUUCCUUCCGAUGGAAACGUUACUGUAUAUCAGCGGACCCUUCGAGAGGAAAUAACGAAGCAUCUUCAGGUGUGCAAACGCUCAAUCUUCAUAUUUGACGAAGUCGAUAAAAUACCAGAAGAGACGCUUAACAUACUUGUGCCAUUUUUGGACUAUAAUCCAAAGAUCCAAAAUGUAGACCCAACCGAAGCUAUAUUCAUAUUUUUGUCCAACACCGGAGGUUCUGCAAUGGCACAGCACCUGAUAGAGUUGUGGCAAGCUGGAAAAAAACGAGACGAGACCACUUUACAAGACUUUGAAUCGUUACUUGCUAUUGGUGCGUUCAAUGAAAAGGGCGGUUUUCACAAAAGCGAUACAAUCGAAACUAGUCUCAUUGAUCAUUAUAUUCCGUUUUUACCACUUGAGGAAAUUCAUGUAAAAAAUUGUAUAAUUGAUGCCUUUCUUAAAAGAGACGUUGACCCAGAUCCUGAGAUGAUAAAAGAAGCUAUGACACAUGUCACCUUCGGACCAUCUCCGCAUAAGCUUUAUUCAAACGCUGGUUGUAAAAGACUUGAUCAAAAAGUUUCCACUAUAAAACAAAAGUUCCGUUCGCGAAGAAAUUUCAAACUAUGAUAGUUCGCAAAUAUUUU